AUUUUCAAAUAAUGGGCUUAGACACUUCAAAAGACAUUAAUCCCAAUGCUGCAAGAGGCUACAUACUCGAAAAGUUCACCAGACACAAAGGUGGUGUCAAUUGUAUGAUAAUGCAAAAGGACAAGUACCUCAUGGCGACAGGUGGUGAGGACAAGUGUGUUGUCCUAUGGCGCAUAAAUACGACGCCUACUCAAAGUAAAGCUACCAUGAAAGGACACACGGACUACAUUUCAUGUUUAGCAUUCCACAAUAAGUACAUUUUAUCUGGUUCCAAUGACUACACUGUCAGAAAGUGGUGCAUGUCAUCAUACGACUGUCUCUACGUAUACGAAGGUCAUAAGGAAAGAGUGAAUAGACUCGUAGUUGCUGGAGAUUUCAUGUUCUCAUCCUCUAUUGACCAUACUGUGAAGGCAUGGACAUUGAACACUCAUCAGUACUCUGCUGUGAACGACACUUGUUUGAAAACGUUCGAAGGUCAUUCUAAAGCCGUAUAUCCUCUAGUUUUCAUUCCUGAUGACAAUAAUCCAUUAGAUGGAAAAACAAUUCUUGAGAGAGAUAUUUUAAUAUCGGGUUCCUCCGAUAAAACAAUUCGGAUAUGGUCGUUUCACAUUGGAAAAUCAUUGCAUGUUCUGAAAGGUCACAAGGGAACAGUCAACACACUGGUUGUAGAUCCAGAAGGAAAACUUUUGUUCAGUGGCGGGGGCGAAGGUACCAUCAUCUGUUGGAAUAUUUCAACAGGAGAUUGCGUACGGCAAAUGACUGGACAUGAGAGUGCAGUAUUAAGCAUGAUAGGUCAUAACAAAAUGCUAUAUUCUUGUAGCACAGAUAAAACAGCUCGUGCUUGGAUUAUGGAAUUUGGGGAGUGCAUCAAGAUAUACAGGGAUCACACUCAUAGCGUAACCUGCAUAAAAUAUUUAGACGGUUACAUAUACACUGGGUGUGCGGACACUUAUAGCAGGAUGUUCAAAGCAAAAACUGGAGAAUGUAAACGGGUAUUUAAAGGACACACAAAAGCAGUCGUUCAAGUUGAGGUUGUAUACGAUAAACUUUAUACAGUGUCAGUGGAUGGAACUCUGAGGGUAUGGGACACUACUGGAAUUUUGGAUGAAGAUAUAUCCUCAGAUGAAGUUGCCCUUGAAAUUCCACCAUCUCCAUGAUAGCAUAAAUUGCAUUAAAUUGAGGGUGUUCUGUCGUAACCGCCCUUGAUAUAUAUUUUUAGACUCGUUGCCAAAAAAGAAUGCAAGGAAUUGCGCACAUUAGUUGGUGCAAAUCAAAAUUUAAACGAGGAAUUAAGAACGACUGAACAAAGAAAAGACUGGAAAUAUCAAAACCAAGUUACCAAGAGUGGUGAUUGCAGAACACCUUGUAUAAUGUUUUUUUUUUCCGAAGAAAGAAAGACUUUUAUUUUUCCAUACGUGUGAUGGCCUAAGUGACCUGAAAAUAAAGGACACAAACAAAGUUAUUGUUUUCGUUUAAAUGAAAAUGAAAAAGAACUGUUAUAAACAUUGAGAAGGGUUAUUAGAGACACAAAUUUAUUUGUUGAUAAAUUAGGUAACUUCAUUUUGAAUGAAAAAAUUAUAUGAAAAAUAUUGGUAAAAUUAGUGAUUUUUUUUUUUUAAUAUUACUAUAUUUUUCACUAACAUUUUGUUAGUACAAUUUCGUAAAACUAACCAAAAUAUUAAAUAAAUAGUGAUUGAAUAUAGGUCAAAAACCAACACAAUUUAAAAUUCGUAUUAAUAAAAGUCGAUAUAAAUCAAAAAUCGUAUUUAAAAAAUGUCCUAGCUCUCGAAACCCCUGUAACCCUUACACGGAACCCUAAGUUUCAGCGGAACACUUUUUGAGAACCGCUGCCCUAUGCAGUUGCGAGUUACUUCAAAUGCAGCCGAUGCAUUAAUACAAUGAGUGCUAAUAUUUUUUAUUUGGAAAGAUUUUGCGAAUUGAUUUUCUCACCUCAUCAAAGAGUGGUAAAAUAAAAGUCUUUAUUUCUAAAAAGUGUUAAACGUGCAAUAGUUUUUGUUAUACCACAUCAUUUCUUGAGAAAAGCCAUUUUGAUUCAAAUUUUUUCCGUUUUACAUGUAAAUGAAAACAAGUAAAAUGAUGCAUUUUAGUACAAUAUAUAAAUAUGUAUAUAUGUUUUCUUUUUCAAGGGUGUGUAAAUAGAUGUUCUGUGAAUAAAUAAUAAAAUAGACCAAAUGCA